AUGUCCACCGCCAUCCCCCACCUUCCACGCGAAGGCGACUCGACCCCCGAUACACCCAUCACGGAGAAGAAGGACCGUUUCGCCAGCUCACCAGCUCGGGACGAUGACUCGCUCGAAGAUGCCUCCUCGGCCGGCGAUACGCUCAUCGAGGAGAAGUCCAAGGGGGUGGUAGAGAUGGAGUAUCUAGCAGCUCGGAUCAAUACCAAGUAUCUCGUUCUUCUCUAUGGAGGGUUCAUGGUUCUCGCCUAUACUUUGGCCCUCAACCAAUCCACAUCUGGCCGAUUCCUAGAGACAGCCGUUUCCGCCAGCUUUGGCGUCCACGCCCUCCAGUCCACCAUCAACACCGUCACUGCCGUAUUCCAAGCGAUGUCCCAGCCGCCCAUCGCCAAGUUUGCGGACGUCUUUGGUCGAGUCAACGCCUAUAUAGGCUGUGUAGUCUUCUACGUUAUUGGCUAUAUCAUCGUUGCUUCGUCAAACAACAUCGUGACGUUCGCCGUGGGUAACUCGAUAUAUAUCCUGGGCAUCACAGGUCUCUUCUUGCUCCAAAACAUCAUCAUCUCUGAUAUCUCGAGCCUGAGAAACCGAUACUGGUGGACCAUCUUCCCCUCCAUCCCCGGGGCUAUCAAUACCUGGGUCGCAGGCGACGUCGUCGAUGCGUUCUUGCAGAACAAUCGGACGAUGUGGCGCUGGCGCUGGGGGUUCGCCAUAUUCAUCAUCCUGACCCCUAUACUGGCGACGCCCAUCAUCCUUGUCCUAUGGCGCGGUACGAGGGCGCCCCGGACACAUCGUAAUGAGAUUCGCGCGGCGAGGCGGGGUGAGCGAUUCAGUCUGGGUCGGUUCAAGCAGGGUGCGAGGGCGAUGUUCUGGCAGCUCGACUUCAUCGGUCUUGUGCUCUUCGUUCUCGGCUUCGGCAUGUUCUUCGUCACCAUCACCCUAGCCAACUCGCGUACUGCCCGCUGGUCAGACCCCCACGCUAUCGCCCUCCUCAUCCUCGGCGGCCUCUUUAUCAUCGGUUUCGGGCUAUACGAGCACUACUACGCCCCCCACCCGCUCAUCCCCUUCCGCCUUCUCCGGAACAAGACCGUCAUUGGGUGUAUGCUCAUUGCGCUCAUCCACCCUAUGGCUGGACGUAUCGUCAACGGCUAUCUCAACACCUUCUUCGUGGUCGCCGCUGGCGUAGACGUCAAGACCGCCACCCGCCUCUCUACCGUCCCUUCCUUCGCCGCGACGUUCAUCGCCAUCUUUGCAUCGAUGGUCGUUCGCUACACUCGUCGCAUCAAGCCUAUCAUCGUCCUUGGCUUCGCGGUCCAGACGCUCGCAUUCGGGCUCAUGAUCCGAUUCCGCCAGUCCCAUAACUCGGUCGGCGAGUUUAUCGCUGUGCAGACCAUCAAGGGGUUCGGUAUCGGGUGUAUCAGCUUCCCUACCCAGGCGGUGAUCCAGUCUGCAGCGCCACAUGAGCAUCUUGGAGCUAUCACUGCAGCCUACCUCAUCGUAUUCUACCUCUCCAGCGGUAUCGGCGCAGCCAUCGGAGGCGCCAUCUGGACCAACAUCGUCCCCUCCCGGAUCAGCGAGUACAUGCAGAAUGAAGCGCUUGCGGCCAAGGCAUACGGGAACCCCUUCGGCUUUGCUGUUGAGUAUGGGCUCGACACGCUCCCUCGACAGGCACUCCAAAGAGCGCAGGAUGAGGCUCAGCGCAUAAUCGUCAUAGUCGGUACUUGUGUCUGCGUGCUCGGUCUGCUCGUCUCCAUCUUCAUGAUCAACAAUGUUCAUCUUCCCGACACGCAGUCCCUCGAGGAGUCGGAGAACGCGGUCAAGGUGGCCGAGGCGGAGCGGAAGGGCGGGAAGCGGGCCGAAGCGGGGGCGCUGAACGUUGCGCGGGCUCAGAAUACGGCGAUGUAA